AUGUUAAACAACACCUUCUCUGAAAGGGUAGCAACCCCUCUUGUGUCUAAGAACGAGCCAUCGGUUCUAAAAAUCUGUGUUCUUGGAGCAUCAGGCCAAACUGGAUCCAUUGUGGUCGAAAGUCUUUUACAUCACACCUCUUUCCAUGUCACGUUAAUUGGAAGAAGUGUCUCCAGGCUCGAGCAUGAGGUAGAGAAAAUAUUGCAGCGCUUGAGAGAAAGCAAGGACGUCUCCAAUUUCAACAAAGAAAACAUAGAGAAUAGAAUUUCUCUAACAGAGCUUAAUAUCGAGAGUGCUUUAGCAGGAUCUGUCGAGGCGAGUGACAAGUUUGAGAAUAUCUUGAAAAAUCACACGGUCUUAAUCAAUACCAUACCUCCAUUCAAAGAAAAAGAGAAAAAUGCAGCAUUGGGAAGAAUGAUUAUCAAGCUAGGUGUUGAUUACAUCGAUCCACACAUGAGUCCAGCUACCUUGAGCACCUUUAAGGAGAUGCAAUCAGAAGCAGUCAAAAGUAAUACCACCAUAAUUUGUCAGUCUGGAAUGUAUCCUGGGCUAGAGGCUUUGCUGACAAGACAAGCUCAAAAACAUAUUCCACAUUUAACUCAUGCCAAUGUGGUCAUCAUGACCAGGGAAGAAGGUGGUCUUGGUGUCACAAGUGGAGUGGCUGAUGUCGCUGAUUUUAUGAAAGUGACAGGUUCACGAGUCAUGAAAGAUGGUGAAUGGCAAAACGACAGCUCUUUUUCAAAAAAGUUUCAUGUUGUCUCUGUUGACACAACCAUGAAUUGCUAUCCAUUGGAGCUUGACGAAAUGAAGCAGCUAUCCAUUCCAACGUUGAAGAAUAUGGGAGUGUAUGUGGCUGAAAUGGGCCUUUUUGCUGAUUCUGUAAUGCUUGCUGUACAGUUAAGCACCAAGUACAUGUCAUGCCUUGCUAAUCCAUUGACAAAUUUGCUGGCAUAUGCAACGAGCAAAAUAAGUGAGCCAUAUGGCUCAGCAGUUCAAGUUGAAGCAAUAGAUGCAGAAAGUGAUAAAAAGAUCACUCUCUCAUUAUUUCACAAAGGAACCUAUUAUUUGACUGCCAUUUCCAUGAUCGCGGUUGUAGAGCAAUUGGUUGAGAGUAGAGUUAGAGGGGUGAGAAAUCCAGGAGUGCAUUAUGCGUCCAUCUAUGCAGAGCCAACCUCAUUCAUUGAAUCAUGCAAAAAGAAGGGUGUCAGAUUUGAUCAAGUUUCUAAAUAA